UUGCUGUAUGGAUGACGAAUGCUGCAAUCGAAAUGCUAAACUGUCGUUAAAUUGAGCAUCUUCUGUUUCGAGAGUAAUACAGGAUUAAAAGAGCUUUGCCUAAUGGAUUCCACAACAUCAUGACAACCCCGUAAUGGAAAAAGAAAACGUCAGCGAUCCACCAAAUAGUGCUGGAGGAUUUCCUAUAGAGAAAUCCGCAUCGAUGACCGUUCUAUCGCCGCAGGGAAAAACACAUCAAUAUCACUUGCAAACACACCAGCCACCGAGGGUGGCACAGCUGGAAACGCUGGAGGCAAAGAUGGCCAGCAUAGAAGUUUCACUGAGCACAGCCACACCGCGACGACGGAAGGGAACUUCGCUAGGUGGUGGUUCUCUCUCGGCUAGAUCUUCACCACGGCCGGAUGCAUCAACCGGUAGGGAAUUGCGAUCAGCGCUCCAGGAUCGAGAAGCAGUUAUCCAAAACCUGCGCUUGCAAUUAGGACUGGGGAAACUGCCGCGACCAGCUGGGCCAGCUUUCGAUGACGAAGAGCGUCCGGUAGCCGAGCAAAGGCUAACCAAAUUGCGCGCUGAUGCAGAAAAUAAAAAAUUAUCCAUUCGGAACCUUAAGGAAGCUCUAGAGAAGCUCGAUAUUACAGACAAUAUCGACAUACGUAUAAGGCAGGCAGAACUAGAAUAUGCGCUAGGACGCGAAGAACUGCAGUUGCUUUCCUUGGUGGAAGAAGCCCGUGCAUUGCAGGCACGUUUGGACAAAUCUAAACCUGAGUCCAAUACACUGUAUGGAAUGUUACAAUCUGGCACAAAUCUUACCUUACAUGCAAUUCAGGCAACUCCUGGUCGGUGGAAUGCUAGUAUGAAAGCGGAUUUUCCCGGUUUCUGGGUGGAUUGGGUAUUCGAAGGCGAAGGACUUCAAAGAGGUGAUCGUGUAUUAGAAGUCAACGGAAAAAUCAUUCCAGGGAAAACACGAGAGGAAUUACAAAAGCUGAUGAACACUACCGGAAAGUGUGAGAUAGUAAUUUUAAGAAAGAAAUCUAUACCUUUCUCACAACAGCAACUGCAACAAUCACAAGCAGAUAACGUACGUUUGCAGCAUCGGAUAUCUUACCUGGAAGAGCAGGUUAAAGAAUUGCUAUUAUCGCGCGAUAAUAAUACUGAUAGUGGCAGCUCUCAAGCCAGUAUAAUUAAUGGCAGUGGUGGAGCUCAUGUCACGUCCAUCAGUAUCACCUCACCACCAUCCACGCCUCCCGAUAAUAAGCCCCAAGUUUAUCAACGCGGCUCCUUUGUCACUACGAUAGUUGACGGUAAAGCCGCCAAAACUCCAAUGAACCAAGAUAGUCCAAAGAUAAACCAUGGUCACGUAACUACAACCACAAUCAUAAAAGAAUGUGACAAGAUUAACGGAGAACUUACCAGUGGAAACGUGCUGCGGCAUAAUCUGAGGAAUGCAAUAUCAUCUUCGAAAAUAUCUAUCAACAGUGAUAUGAACAAUAGUACCGUGCUAUAUUAUCAGAAAAAAGAACGUGAUAAACGGGAACGUGAGGCUCGCAGAUUAGAAAGAGAACGAUAUUUGCAGCAGUAUGGUUCAAAAUUACAAAGAAGCAGCAAUGAGGUAGAAAGUGACCCCGAAAGGAGACAUUUGCACUAUCAUAGGAGCCAUGCUCGAAGUGCAGAAUAUCUUAACGUAGCAUCAGAAAAACGAAAACUGGCAAUAGCGAGUGAAUCGUCUAGUUCUCGGCGUGACAUGCGAAGUGUCAAAAGUCUCGAGCUCGAAAGUGACAACAACGAGCAGUACGCUUCGGAACCAACAGGACCAAUUAAAAUUAGACCAGCACCACCAAAGAAGCCACUACGAUUAUCGUUACAGCGAGCUCAAAGUCUUCAAACCGUCGAAGGCAUUUUGAUCGAUGCAGUAGCAGAGAAGAAACGUGGCAUGAAACGAUCUCAUCGCAGCGGUAAAUCGUCCGACAUGUCGUCGCAGUAUAUCGAAAACAGAAUUCCGCUGCAGACAGCAUCGCUCGGCAGGCAAAAGUUCAUUUAAACCUAUUAGUUUGCCAUUUAGUAAACAAAUUGUUUUGCGUACUGAAACUUUGUACUAUCCAACAACGGGCAAUUUUUAUCUGUGUGCAUUAUCAUAGAAUUGCAA